CAAAUCAGCGUAUCGCAAGUAUUGCAGCUCAAAAUGUGAAGCUUGCAAGGGAAAAAAAAUAAUUGUUUUUUACUUGAUUUCGCGUGUCAUGUGCUGAAUCGAUCGUCGUAUAAAUUUCUUCAAUAAAUUUGUAAUCGCUGGAUUCUUAAAAUUGACAUAAGAAUGGAAAACAGUGAAACGUUUCAUUAUAUUUCAAAUUUUCAUCAUGCCUAUAUUUCUGAUGAUGAUAGUCCUAUGGAUAAUGAUUCCUACCAUUGCAGUGUUUUGAAAUCAAAUCGCUCUAUAUUAGUUCUAUCUGGAAAAUUUGAAGGAAUACCUGAUAACCUUGCUAUAAAUGUUAUAACAUGGCUGCUGCUUCUGAUAAUUUUCACCUUCUUGAGAAAAAGAGCUUGGGAUUAUGGCAGAAUAGCAUUAGUUCAAAAAAAUGACCAAAGAUGGACUCAGUUAUUUUAUGGGGAUGGCACUGCUUCAUCACAUCGAGUAAAUAGUGAAGAAGGGUCUAUAGAUUCAGUUGAAAUUGCUUUACACAUGGAUAAGGGCAUAUGUUCAUGGCUGAGAGCAAUUUUUGUAUUAAAGGAUGAUCAAAUAUUGAAAAGGAACGGUACAGAUGCAAUUCAAUAUUUAUCAUUUCAGAGGCAUAUUAUUGUAUUUUUGGCUAUCAUCUGCAUAAUAUGCUUAACUAUAGUGCUACCAGUGAAUUAUCAAGGCGAUUUAGUUGAUGAAAACAACAGCUUUGGACGUACUACAUUGAGUAAUUUGGAUCCAGCGUCAUCAUAUCUUUGGGUCCAUGUUGGUUGCUCAUUUUUGUUCCUCUUUUUGGGUAUACUUGUAAUGAGGCAUUUUUCUGCUAAUCUGAAACUGCAUGAAAAUGAAAGCUUAGUGAAUCGCACAUUACUGAUAUCCAAUGUGCCUAAAGAACUUUGUGAUGAAAGUAUUUUGUUAUCUCAUUUUCAAGAAGCAUAUCCAGAGUGCCAUGUUGAAAAGGUGCAUCUAGCUUACGACAUGAGGACAUUAACAAAAUUAGAUGCUGCAAGAGAAACAUCUACUCAUGCUAGGUUGUAUUGUGAAAAUAUAUUGAAGGAAACUGGAAUUCGGCCAAAAAUGAGGCCGUAUUAUUGUGGUCACAUAUGUGUUUGUUCUAGAUGUGAGCAAGUCGAUGCUUUGGAUUAUUAUGCAGAAGAAGAAAAUGCCUUAGCUACUGCUGUAGAUCGGCAGAGAUCAGUUUCUCUGUUAAAACCUGUGGGACUUGCCUUUGUUACUCUUAAGACUGAGGAAAUGGCGGAAAGAAUUUAUAAAGAUCACCAGACACGAUGCCAAUGCUCUGCUAACCCAUCUUCUUCAAGUUACUCACGCCAGUUAAAUCCAUACAAAUGGAAUGUAGAUUUUGCACCACCACCAGAGGAUAUAUUUUGGGAAAAUCUCAGUGUCAGCAAGAGUCUUUGGUAUAGUCGAGCUAUAACAACAAACUUAGUGUUAUGUAUUUUGUUCAUCUUUCUCACAACACCGACUGUAGUGCUCAGUUAUUUAGAUGUUCUUUAUACUCCAGCAGUGAAAAAAUUUGUUAGAGAGACUCCUGUAGUGAAGGACUUUUUCUCAACACUGAUGUUGCUCCUGUUCUCAUCCUUAUUACCAGUCAUUGUGUCCUAUUCUGACAGAUUUAUGCCACAUUGGACUCGGUCAUCACGAAAUCACUCAAAAAUGUUACGUACAUUUAUAUUCCUCUUGUUUAUGGUUGUUAUCCUUCCUCUUCUGCAAUUAACCAGUGUUAACGCUCUGUUAGAAUGGAGUAUAAGAAGAGGUGAAACAUAUCGAUGGCAGUGCGUAUUUCUCUCAGGAAAUGGUGCUUUCUUUGUGAACUAUGUUAUUACUGCUAGUUUUAUUGGUACAGCCUUGGAUCUUAUCCGUUUUCCAGAACUGUUCAUGUAUGCAUUUUACAUAUGUUUUUCAAGAUCGAGGGCAGAACAGGCUGGAUUACGAAAGGCAAUCAUGUGGGAAUUCGAGUUUGGAGUGCAGUAUGCAUAUUUUCUACUUAUAUUUUCUGUUGUCAUUAUAUACAGUGUGCUGUGCCCCGUUAUUGCUCCAUUUGGUCUUUUAUACAUGUGCCUGAAACAUUACAUCGAUCGUUACAAUAUCUAUUACGUUUAUGGUCCAUCCAAAAUUAGUCGAAAUAUACACUCAACUGCGAUAAAUUUCGUCGUUAUAUCAAUAAUCCUCAUGCAGAUGUGUGUUUUCUUUUUCCUUUACUUAAGAAAUGGCUGGAUGGAGAUGUCCAUAGUUUCUUUGGCAAUAUGCUUGGUAACUGUCAUGAUAUUUAUUGGUCAAGUUUCUUUCCAGUGGUUUCUGAUACUUAGUCCGAUUUCCUACAAAGCAUUUUCUCGAAGAGAUAGCGCUCAAAUUUCGGAGAUUUCAAAAUCGACUCAUGAUAUAUCACAACAGCCUUAUUUACCAUUGGUUUUGAAGCGAUCGGAUUCUAAGGGUGAUAUCUUUACAACAAGUAUUCAAGAUCGAUCUUAUGGUACUAAUGAGGAUAGUGUGCAAUCCACUCCAGAUGGUGGAAGCAUAAAUAUUCCUGGUUCUGAUGUUGAUAAUUUGGUGUCUGGGGGCAGUGAGCAAUAUCAAAGAUUUUAAUGUCCUUUAUAUUUGCUAAACUGUAUCUGAUUUACGGUAGAAUAUGUUGUGAAAGCUAUAAAGUUAAAUAUUAUUUUAACAUUUCUAAAAUAAAUUCUAAACACCUCAAGGAAUAACUUGUAGAUUUAAUACGCUUCAAAUUUUUAUCUGUUAUAUACUUUUAUUUUUCGUGUUUUUCAUUCAUCAGAAAUAAAUUAUGUAGUAUUUUAUAUUAAAUUAUUAGUUCAUUACUCGAUUCUUUUAUAAUUAAAUUUGAAUUAAUGCUAGCGAGUGAGUUUUUGUUAAUAUUAUGUUAUGUUCAAAUAGAGUUUAAUUAAUCAUUUUUAAUCUAGAGUAAAUUAAAUUUCAAGAAAAGUAAACUUAAAAAAGCCUAAUGCAUGAUAGUCUUAAAAUAUUGUGUUUUCAUAUGUGCGAGUUAUAUAAUUUUAUGUUCAUGGUUGUACAUUUUAUCUCUGGUUAUCAAGAAAUAGUUUGCACACCAUCUAUUAAUAUGUAACGUAAAAUAUAAAAUACAUUGAAAAACCGUAAAACAAAAUUGUGAACUAUUCAAAGUAAAUUGUGAAUUUGAGAUUCAAUUUGGAAAAAAAAUGCUUAAGUUGCUAUAAAAAAGGGAUUAUGUUGAGUUAUUCCAUAGAAUUGCUCGAUUGAUUUUUUUCACCGCUUUUAAAUGAAUUACGAUUUUUCGGAUUGACUUUUCCCAUCAUGAUUUCAAAAUUUUAUAUAAUUAUUUGCCACUUAUAUAAACUGAAAUCUGCCCACAGCAAAAAAUAUAUAAAAAAAAUACUGAUAUUUCUUCUUCCUUUAAGUCACCUUUUCCGAUACAUUUUCGAUCGACUUAUAAAUUGCCUAUAAAGUUGUUAAGAGAUGUCUAGAAUUAAUGAAACUCAAUUACUGCCAAAUUAUGGAAAAUGUGUAUGUUAUUGAACUCAUUUACCUUCUAAUUUGUUUUUAAAAUGCUGGUGUAUAAGUUUUUGUACUGGUGUUAGUUUUGUUAUUUGGUUUCAUGAGUGAUGAUGGAAAUUUUUAAUGAAGCAUCUAGUAUUCCUAAAUAUAUAUAUUUCAUUAAUUGUGUUUCUUAAAAUUUUUUCAUACUUUAAAUAUAGAAUUAAUAGCAAAGACAUUUUAAUAAAAAAUUUAGAGUUUUCGGCCCGACGAAAAUACUUCUCAAAAAUCAUUUCACAAAUAUUUUUCACCUGAAUGAUUUUGACCAGUGCUAUUUAAGUUAUUCCAAAUUUUGUUAUUAUAUGCAUUGAUAAUAUUUGUUUAGUAAUUUUUUUUCCAACUAUACAGUAACUUUACACAUAAAGGAAGUGGUAUAUUUUAAUUCAGAGAGGAAACGAACUUUCCUUGCACAUGAAACAUUAUUAUUAACUGCAAAAUAAUUUUUUUCUAAUGAAAUUUCUGUAACACAAGUCUUACAAUUUCCAUUUAGCAUAAUGUUUCUCAAUCCCUAGCCAUAGCACAAAUAUACCGAGCCACAAUAGUUUAACAUCGAAAUUUUAAUUUUAUUUUUCUAAGCAUCUUCAUUAAUAAAAACGUAAUAGUAGAAUGAAAAAAAAGAAAUUUGUAAACUAGUAGAUUCACAAACUUUCUUCCAAUCUAAUAAAAAAUACAAAAAAUCGCCUAUACCUUUGAUCACAUAAGUAUUCAUUUUAGGUUGGAAAUUUUGGCAUACCUAAAUUUUAAGAUGGACAAAAAACGGAUGCUUUACUUUGAUGUAAUACUAUGUUUGAUAUUUUUUUUUUUUUUUACUCUGCAAGUUUUCAAUGAAUACUGGAACAGUAAUUCUGAAUAGAUUUGUCAGGAUCAAUCUCAUUCAUUAUGUGUUAAAAAAUAAAAAUAUCAAUUAUUACAAUUUUUAAAAGAAAAAUAUUAGUUAAGAAAUUAUCUAUUGGUGUAAAUGAAUGAGCACCCCCCCCCCCCUGUAGAUUAAAUUGAGUGAUUUAAAUGCUGAUUUUUUCGCCAUUUUACGAACAUUUUUUUAAUAAACGAAAUAAAUUUGUAUUGAUUUGAUUAAGGGCAGCUGUUGUAAAAAUUUCAGCGUCAUUUAGAUUUUUCAUUGAUAAAGUCAUAGCUGUGCCACAAUAAUAUAGCCUUCAGUUCGCCAUGAAGCUUAUAUCAAGCAUAUUUGAAUGUAAUAUUAUCGUCAUAAAUUGUAAGAUUUUGCUGCAAAAUUUUUAGUUAUGUCACAGUAUUAUGAUAUUAUGACAUGCAAAAGACCUGUUUUUGUCAGAAGCAAAUAUUUGUAUUUUUUAUUCAUCUAUGUCAUUACUUUUUGAAAGUUGCCAAAUUUUAAAAUUCAUACUAAUUCAAUUUUGAAACGUUUCAAAUCUAUCUUCAUCUAGAUCAACAAAACAUAAAUGCAGUUCCUUUCUCUAAAACAUUUUACUAUAUACUUACUAUAAGUAUACUUCAUGUAGCACCUUAUACCAUUUUUUAUUGUUAAAAUGGUAAUAUAUAUAUAUCAGAAUUACUUUAUUUACUGACUCCGCCUUACUUGAUUCUAUUCGUCGUUUUGGAUUUUUUGUUAAUAUUUGACAGUUAUUUAUUUACCCAUUUUAAUAAUAAAAGAUGGUGUGCCUUUAAGAUAUAUUCAUUAUUGCUCAUACUUUCCUCUGCUCUUAUUUGAAUUUUUAGUUACAAAUAUGACAAGUGAAAUUUAUUUCAAUAACAAAAUACAAUGCACAAAAAAAUUAGUGACAUGAAAAAUAUUAAAUACAUUUCGAAUGAAUCAGAAAAUGUUUUUCAGGAAUUUAAUAUGAAUGGUAGAUAAAAUCUGUAGAGAGUUAGAAUAAGUGUUGAAUUGCUGAAAAAUUCUUAUAAUUGAUGUUAUUAUUAACUGCCCGAAAAAACCUCAUAAGUUUAUUUUAGAUAUCUAAUAUUCAAUUAACUUAUCUUUUUCACUGUGCAAGUUUGAUUUUUCUUUAGCAUGGGUUAGCAUUACACUUUAUAUAAAGGUGAGACGCAUGAUGUCACAAUCACUAGACAAAUUUGAAAUUCAUUUAUCUAUUCAAAUUGUUCAUUAUCGUACUUUUUGCAUUAUGAUGUAAUAUUGGAUGUAGUAGAUGAAAAAAAUGCAAUGAGUUUAAAAAUUUAAAUGGGUGGUGCAUUUGUUAUGUAUCACAUGAGCACGAACUGACUAUAUUGCCUCUCUUUGAUGAUAACCCAUGCAUUUAUGACUGCUGAUUUUAGUAAUAAUAAUUUCAUUUUUAAUAUGAGGUACAUGCGAAGAAAGUUGCAAGUUUGAUAAAUAUUAUUCUAUUAUGCAUGUUUAUAUUUUUAUCCUCAAAUCAUGUUUUCAUUGUAUGUUCAGAAGUAUUUUGUAUUUUCAAAACCCAGUUUUUACUGUCAUAAACAACUUAAGAAAAUAUGGGAAAGUCCUUUAUUCAUAUUGAAACAUAUUCCAGUAUUCAUUUUGCAAGACAAAAUUUUUAAUCCGGUUUUUCCGACUAUUUUGUUGCAAUUGUGAAUAAAAGCACGUAUCGCAUAGUUAAGAUUGAAACGAAAAAAACUAUCAGAUUUCAAUAAAUAGUUUGCAAGUGCAGCAUUUUUUUAUUGUCCGAAAUUUAAAAAGACACAUGUUGCAGUUGAUGUAAUAUAGCAGCAAGAGAUUUUAAUGAACUUAUAAUUGAUUUGAACGUCUAUAGUAUUCUUACGUAUUUCAAAAUUCAAAAGUUAUCUUUCCCAAAAGGAUAAUGCACAAGUGACUAAUUUUUCAUCGUGCAUUGUAUAAUUGCAGAAUUCACUGAAAUUUUGCCUUAAAAAUUACAAAUUUCAUAUUUUGUUAAAUGUUCACUUUCAAUGUAUCUUGAUUAUGAAAUAUUUUAGUUAUUACAGUUUGCAUAAAAAAUAUCUGAUACUCUAGUUGAAUCUGAAACAUAGUUGAGAUUUCAUGCUUCACCAUGCGGAUGUGCACUCACCGCGGCAUUUAUUUUAUUUAUUUGUUUAUGCAGCUUCAUUAUAUAAAAAAAGUUGUAUAUUUGCAUGUUGCUGAUGCAUUCUGAGCUUUCUUAUUUUAUCUGAACUCUACUCCAAAUAGACAGUGAAAAAAAAACAUUUGCAUAAUUUCAAUGAUCUGAAAAGAUAUUAUUUGAAAUUUGGAAAAAAAAGAAAGCAAAAUGGAAUUUACGUUUUGCCAAAGAAAUUAAAAUUUUAUUGUAAAAAGUACCCUAACUGCUGCUUAAAAUGUUAUAAUUCAUUAUUUUUAUUGUAUUUGUGUGUUUGAUAUUUUAUUUUUUUAUGUGAAUUCUUUUAUUGAGCCUGACAAUAAUUUAUUUCUGAAAGAAAGUAGUCUUUAAAAAAAAAGCUUUCAAUAAACUUCUGGCCGAGUAUGUAAAAGAUGGAAUAUUUAUUUAGCGUUUUAAAACUGGGAAAAUUUAAAAUUUGUUUUCAUUUUUUUUUUUUUUCCUUACAUAAAUAUUUCCAUUAUGUGAGUUCGUUUGCUUGGUUUUUUUUUUUUUUUUUUUUUUUUUUUUAAUAUAUGUUUCGUCUUACUGAUAUUUGUUUGCAGAAUGCAUUAGCGAGAAGACUAUAGAAAACGUUAAUUUGCUAUAAAUUGUGAUUUGAGAUUUUGAAAUAUUAGAACAAAGGAACGAUAUUGAUCGUAAGCUUAUUUUUGCUUUAUUUUAUAGAUUUAGCUUAAUAAGGCAAUUAUUAUAAUAUGUAAAUGACAAUCUGUUGUGCAUCAAAGAAUUUCCCGAGGCUUACAAAUGCAUUAUGCUUUUGCUUUAAUACUGAUAUAAUCUCCUAACAACUUGGCAAAAGCACCUUCAUUUUUCCAAAUUUUUAAUCAAAAAGAAGGAAAAUCACCUGAGAAAAUUUGGUUACUAAACAGCAGUAGGUUUUAUAUUUUCUAAUUCAUUCAUAUGCAUUUCUUUCUUAUGUUUGCUUAUUAAAAUAUAAGUACUUUCUGUUCACUUCAAGCACUGCUUGGAUAAAUUUUAACUUAGAUAAUACUCUUUUCGAUUAUACCUCAUUUCCUUUUUUCCUCUGUAAUCUCUUUAUUUUAAAAAAAUAGUUCUGCUUACUUAUGUAAUGUAUAUAUUUAUAUGAUGGUUUAAUUUAUAUUUAAUUUUAGAAACAAAUGUGAAAUGUUCUAUAAUUUUCUGCUGAUGCUUUAAUAAUUUGAUUAGGUGAAGUUUAUGUAAUUACUGAAAAGAAUUUAUAUUCUGACCUAUUUUAAUAGAAUAAAAUUAUUUUAGGUGUGUGAAUGUAGUUUUAUACUGUUAAUAUGCAUUGUUGCUUUAAUAUGAAAUAUAUGUUAAUACUCACUUUAUUGGUAUUUUUAAAAUUAAAUUACCAGUAAAAAAAUAAUUUAUUGCUUUUCAAUGUGUGCAUGUGUGUGUUUUCGCCAUUUCAUUGCUACUUUGUUAUUAUAUUAUCACAGUGUAUAUACAUAUGAAUUACUUCUUAUUUAUAUUUACUUUCUUUUAAUCUAGUUGAUUAUUUUUGUUAUUAAACUCAGGUAUAAUGUUUCAGCUUAAUUUUUUAGCUUUAAUUUUCUGUCAACUGUAUGCACAAGACAAAAUUUUG